UCAUAAUCCAACCCCACACCCAACCCCCCGAAUUUCUAGAUACAAUCAGCUCCAAUGCCUAUACAAGAUGACUUACGGAAAGAAAGUUUUCAUCGUUGGACCUGGGUUUAUCGGUUGGAGUGUGCUCGAUGAGUUAGUCAAGGAAAACUAUACAAUCACUGGGUUAGUCAGGAGGCAAAGUUAUGCUGAUCAGAUCGAAACUUCGGGAGCAGAGACAGUUCUUGGGGACUUAAACGAUAAGCCUUUACUCACGAAAUACGCCGCUGCUCACGACAUCAUCAUACAUACGGCUACCGCAGACCAUCUCCCAAGUGUAGAGGCUGUUUUAGAUGCCAUCCAACAACGAGCUGAGCAGGACCUCCAUACCAUUUUCAUCCAUACCUCCGGGGUAUGCGUGGUUGACGACAAGGCUAAGGGAAACCAUAAGAGUGAUAAUGUGUACAGCGAUAGCGUCGCGUCAAAGAUAAAUUCAGUUCCUAAUGAUGCCCCUCAUCGACAAGUCGAUCUCGCCAUCCUUAGGGCACAAACCCAACUUGGUGAAAAGGCCAAAAUAGCUAUCAUGAUCCCUCCAACUAUUUACGGCCUUAACCCAAAGCACGGUCGACUCUCAGCCCAGAUCCCGACGCUCAUUCGUUCUGCCCUUAAGCACGGGUACUCCGGACACGUGGGUACCGGCCUCAACGUCUCAAGUAACGUCCACGUGAGCGACCUAGCGCGAGGUUACGUGGCACUUCUACAUCACCUAGAGUCGACACCAGCCAAUAAUCCAAACAUACUCAAGAACCCUUACUAUUUCUACGAGGCUUCUGAGGAAAACGAACCAAGCUUCAAGGAUAUAGCCGUGAUUAUCGGUGCGGAACUUCAUAGGUCUAAGCUUAUUUCGGAUCCGAACCCACGUGCCUUCCCACCCGAGACCUACGGAGACCUAUUCUCACACUUUACGGACGCCAUGUUGGGACUGAGUAGUCGAUGCCGCGCUGUUAGGCUACGCCGACUAGGCUGGAACCCUGUUGAGAAGAGUUGGAAACAGAGCCUUAUACAGGACGAACUACCUUUUAUCUUGAAUGAGAAUGUAGAUCGUCUGGCAUUUAAAGGAUAUUUAGGGAACAUACCUUCCAGUUGAAGUAUGGGCUAACUACCUAGAUCAAAUAUGACAUUGAUUUCUUGAAGAUGCAUGAGGCAAUGAAGAUGGAAGCACCACGAUAUCGCGUGUUUUCAAGCGGUAAAUCGCACGGUGUGUCCCCAAUCGCAUUAUCCAGAUAGUAAAGUGCUUCCACGAUGUUUGCCAUCAACCAUCGCAAACUCAGAACUCUACAUGGAAGAUACCUAUCUAUAUGGAUACAGUGUGAGGGCAAGGUAUCUAGGAGGUACUAUGUAUCUUAGUUCCUUAGGAACCUACCUAGGUAGGUAUGCAUGGGCCACAACCUCAAGGAGAUGUUAUACAAACUAUUUAGUUUGUCUUAAGCUACGUGUAGCGAUAAAGCAAACCCCUUAGGUAUCGUAUUAUAAAUAUCAGAAUGCGAGCCGCACCUCCCCUAUUCUCAAAAUAUUUCUAUUCUUCA